AUGGUUCGAGCGCCCGCGCGCGUGAUCGGGAGCGUGUCGAGACGCGCGAGAGGGGUGAGGACGAGCGCGGACGAGGCGUCGAGAGACGGCGACGGCGCGUGGGCGGUGUUCGGUUUAGGGAAUCCAGGGAAGAAGUUCGACGGAACGAAGCACAACGUCGGGUUCGACGUGAUCGACGUGCUGGCGAGCGCGCUGGGGGUGGAGGUGACGGCGAAGAAACACGCGGCGUUGGUGGGGACGUGGGCGAGCGGCGACGCUCGGGCGGUGCUGGUGAAGCCGCAGACGUUCAUGAAUUUGAGUGGGAAAUCCGUUCGCGCGAUCAUGCGUGCGCAUAAGAUACCGAAGAGUCGCGUCGUAAUCGUGUACGACGAUUUGGAGACGAAUCUUGGAGAGAUACGGCUGAAGGUCAGCGGGACGCACGGCGGGCACAACGGCAUCCGGAGUAUCAUCGACGACGCCAUGGGAGGGGCCAGGGACUUUGCUCGGGUGAAAGUUGGCAUCGGUCGCCCGAAGAGCGACGACGUACCGGUGUACGAGUAUGUAUUAUCGAAGUUCGACGUAGAUGACGCCGAUAAGAUGCGCGACGCCGUGGCAGACGCCGUGGAGGCUGUGAGAGCAGUCUUGACGGAAAAUAGGUUCGAGGACGUCAUGAUGCGCGUGAACACAAAGUUCGCGCCGAAGAAGGUGAAACCACCGAAGAAACCCAAAGCGCCAAAAGAGCGCGUGUUCGUCACCGCCACGGUGGAUGAAAACGAACAUGUGGAGUUGACGCUGGAUGUUCGACCAACGAACCACGCGCAUCAGAAGAAGCCGCAGCAACCGCGACAGGAAGAGCUUGCAGAGAGUGCCGCGGGUCCGAAAUGA